GACUUCAGACAGAUCGUCGACUUGGAAAAACACAGUGGGUCCCACACUCUCUUCCCUCUUCCUCCUCCUCCUCAAAUCUCUCUCCUUGAGAACUCGCCGUUAAAUGAUUGUCUCUGUUGUUCUUCGAUCCAUCUUCUAAGACAUGGGAAGCUGCUGGUCCGAUGGUAGUGGCCGCGGUGGUGGAAUGGUCGGUGUCGGCGGGAACACUUCCUCCUCCGCCGCCGCCGCCGGCGGUUACGCUAGUCCAAACGACGCCGUUGACUACUACCUCAAGUCUCGCGGCUUCAACGGCCUCUUCUCUCAGAUCGAGCUAUCGUUCUCCGCUUCCAGUUUGCGAGACAUGGACGUGACUUCAAAGAGCGAUGCAAUGGUGGUUGUUUUUACAAAAGGAAGAGACGGAACACUUUCCGAAUCGUUCCGUAGCGAAGUCGUUUUGAACUCUUUGAAUCCUAAAUGGAUUAAGAAGUUUAAUAUCCGUUAUCAGUUCGAGGUUGUGCAGACUUUGCUGUUUCGUAUUUACGAUAUUGACACUCAGUUUCAAAGCUCAAAGGAGGAGAUGCUUAAGCUAGACGAGCAGCAGUUUCUCGGUGAGGCAACGUGUACAUUGUCUGAGGUUAUCACAAAAUCAAAUAGGACGGUUGCUUUGGAACUCACGCGUAAAGAAGGGACUCAGCCACAGAACCAUGGGAAGCUUAUAGUCCAUGCUGAGGAGUCUCUAGCUUCUAAGACCACUACAGAGAUUGUUUUUAGGUGCUUGAAUUUGGAAUCAAUGGAUCAUUUCUCCAAAAGUGAUCCGUUUCUGGUUAUAUCUAAGAUUGUGGAGCAUGGGAGUCCAAUCCCUGUAUCGAAAACCGAGGUCUUGAAGAAUGAAUCCAAUCCGGUUUGGAAACCAGUCUCUCUAAGUGUUCAACAAGUUGGGAGUAAGGACACCCCACUGGUAAUAGAGUGCCUAGACUUUAAUGGCAACGGCAACCACAAUCUUAUCGGAAAAGUUCAGAAGUCACUUGCGGAUUUAGAAAAGCUUCAUUUGAGUGGCCAAGGAAUCAAUUUGUUCUUACCUACUGGUGUUGGACAUAAACAUGAGGACAGGGCGUUAAAGAGUCAGCUUUUCGUGGACAAGUUUACUGAAACUGUUCAGCAUACGUUCCUAGAAUACUUGGCUUCUGGAUUUGAACUGAACUUCAUGGUGGCAAUUGAUUUUACAGCUUCAAAUGGAAACCCUCGCCUCCCUGAUUCCUUGCAUUACAUUGACCCCACAGGACGAUUAAAUGCCUACCAGAGAGCAAUUGUGGAAGUUGGAGAAGUGUUGCAGUUCUAUGACACUGACAAACGCUUUCCAGCGUGGGGCUUUGGAGCUCGUCCUAUAGACAUCCCAGUUUCACAUUGCUUUAACCUAAACGGAAGCAGUACUUACUGUGAGGUAGAUGGGAUUCAAGGUAUCAUGAAUGCAUACAAUGGUGCUCUCUUCAACGUCUCUUUUGCUGGGCCUACUCUCUUUGGUCCCGUGAUCAACGCUGCUGCAACAAUAGCAAGCGAGUCACUCGCUCAAAAUGCAAGGAGAUAUUACGUCUUGUUGAUAAUCACUGAUGGAGUAAUAACAGAUCUGCAAGAGACGAAAGACGCAUUGGUCAGUGCAUCAGAUCUGCCAUUAUCAAUCCUCAUCGUUGGAGUAGGAGGAGCUGACUAUAAAGAAAUGGAGGUACUAGAUGGAGACAAAGGAGAGAGAUUAGAAAGCUCGAGCGGUCGUGUAGCGUCACGUGAUAUAGUCCAGUUCGUUGCAUUACGAGACAUGCAAUAUGGAGAGGUCUCAGUGGUAGAAGCGUUACUAGCGGAAUUGCCUUCACAGUUUUUAACGUACAUGAGAAACCGUAAUAUCACUCCCACAAGUAUUACCACCUCCGCAUCUUGAUGCAUUGUCAAGUGUCAACACUGUACAUACAUUACAUUCAGCUCUAAACGCUGUCGUUUUGGUUUUCUAUUUUAUAUUAUCUGGAAUUUUUCCUU